AACAUUAAAAUAAACUUAUGGAUAUUUUUGAGUUUUAGCUUAAAGAAAUUUUUUUUUUUUGUUUGGGUUAAAGAUAAAAAGGAUAGAGUUUCCAAAAAUGGUUGUGUUUCACAUGGCAUGGUCGUGAACUUGAAGAUGGAAUGUGUUCAAGCAUUAGCCAAAUCUCCUACACUCAACUCAAUUCCCACUAAAUACGCCUACUUCAAAAACCGUAAAGAGUCAGCAGCUUUAGAUUACGAAAAUCCAAUUCCUAUCGUUGAUUUUUCGUUACUCACAUCCCCUGACCCAAAUCUACGGUCCAAAGGUAUCCAGGAGCUCGACAAAGCAUGCCAAGAAUGGGGCUGUUUUCAGCUGAUUAACCAUGGUGUACCCGAGACUUUGAUGAAGACAGUCAUAGAAAAAUCGAAUGAGUUUUUCAACUUGACAAACCAAGAAAAGAAAGAAUAUGAGGAAAAGGGUGUUCUUGACCCAAUCAGAUAUGGAACAAGUGUUAAUUCGAAAACGGAUCAAGUCUUGUACUGGAGGGAUUUCCUGAAGAUUAUUGCACACCCCAAGUUUCACUGCCCAAACAAGCCCUUAGGUCUCAGUGAAAUUCUGUUGGAGUACUCCCAAAAGACUCGAGAAAUAGCAAGGGGGUUGCUAGGCGGAAUAUCUUCUAGCCUAGGACUCGAUCAAAUUUACCUAGAAAACUCUUUGCAAUUAGAAUCCGGUUUACAAAUAUGUAUUGUCAAUUUUUACCCUCCCUGCCCACAACCCGAACUUGCAAUAGGGUUGCCUCCUCAUACGGAUCAUGGUCUUUUCACACUCGUGGUCAACAAUGGUGUAAGCGGACUUCAACUCAAGCACAAGGGAGAAUGGAUCAAUGUAAACAAUACUCUUCCUAACUCGAUUCUAGUCAAUACCGCUGAUCAACUUGAGAUUUUUAGUAAUGGAAAGUAUAAGAGUGUGGAGCAUCGGGCAGUUGUAAAUAAUGAGGUCUCAAGGACAUCCAUUGCUGUUUUGAAUGGACCGUCGCUAGAAACAGAGGUGAAACCGGCUAGUAAGUUGGUGGACGAAGAAAGGUGUCGUGCUGCAUAUGUUCCAAUGGUUUAUAAGGAGUAUCUCGAAAUCCAACAAAGCAAGUAUGUUGAUGGAAAGCCCUUUCUGGAUAGUCUUCGGUUGUGACUACUAAAUGGAAUUAUGGAGAUGUGCUCAAAUUCAAAUCAUGUUGAUUUAUGACAUUUAGCUAAUUGUUGGCAUGGUAUCUUUUUAUAUUUGCAAAAGAUGUGUAUAGAUUUGAAAGCUUGUUUGAUAACGUUGUGGAUUUUACAUUCGAACAUAUAUAUGCUAUUAAUAGGGGUGGAUUA